GGCGAGGGAGGGAACGCGGCGGAAGGAGGGUAGGAGCGAGCGGCGGGGCCUUCCCGGCGGAGGACACCGCUGUCGGCCUUGCGCUCCCGAGAGCUUCCAGGGAGGCUCGGAGCGGUAUUUGACCACUUCGAGACAACCUCCCACCUAUGUAAAGUAACGAGAAAGGUCGGGGAAACAUCCACAAACAGAAGUGUGAAGCCUGGUAAGAAGAUGAGCAUUUCAGGAAGCAGCUGUGGAAGCCCUAACUCUGCAGAUGUGUCCAGUGACUUCAAGGAGCUCUGGACAAAACUAAAAGAAUCUCAUGAUAAGGAAGUACAAGGUUUACAAAUAAAAGUAACCAAACUGAAAAAGGAACGAAUUUUAGAUGCACAAAGACUAGAAGAAUUCUUCACCAAAAAUCAACAGCUGAGAGAUCAACAGAAAGUCCUUCAGGAAACCAUUAAAAUUUUAGAAGAUAGGUUACGAGCAGGACUGUGUGAUCGCUGUGCAGUAACUGAAGAGCAUAUGCACAAAAAGCAGCAGGAGUUUGAAAAUAUCCGACAGCAGAAUCUCAGGCUUAUUACAGAGCUUAUGAAUGAGAAGAAUACUCUUCAGGAAGAAAACAAAAAGCUUUCUGAGCAACUGCAGCAGAAAACUGAAAAUGAUCAACAGGAUCAAGUAGCUGAGCUUGAAUGUGAGGAAAACAUUAUCCCAGAUUCACCAAUAACAUCCUUUUCAUUUUCUGGCGUUAACCGACUACGAAAAAAGGAGAAUCUCCAUGUUCGAUACAUAGAACAAACAAAUACUAAAUUGGAGCACUCUGUAUGUACAAAUGAAUUAAGAAAAAUUUCCAAGGCUUUAGCUCCUGCACCACAUAACUCUGAGGAACAUGAAAUUCUAGUAGCUGACACUUGCAAUCAAAGUCACUCACCCCGGUCUAGAAUGUGUGGAAGGAGCAAUUAUCCCACUGAUAAGUCACCUUUCAGUCUAGACACUGUUGUCGCUGAAACACUUGGACUUAAUGCUCAAGAAGAGUCUGAACACCAAGGUCCUGCAAGCCCUCUUGGGGGUGAGCUCUACCACUGUCUUGAAGGAGAUCACAAAAAACAGCCUUCAGAAGAAUCUGCAGGAAGUAGUGAAGAUAGUUUAAGAUUUUCAGACUCUACUUCAAAGACACCUCCCCAAGAAUUUACUACUCGGGUCUCAUCUCCUGUAUUUGGAGCUACCUCUACUGUGAAAACUCAUUUGGGUUUGAAUACAAGUUUUUCCCCUUCUCUUUUAGACAUUGGGAAAAGAAACCUUCUGAAGACGGCUCCCUUUAGUAACAUUUCUGCUUCUAAAUCAGAGAAAGCUAGAUCAAAAUCUGAGGACAGUGCUCUUCUCACACAUCAUAGUCUGGGGUCUGAAGUGAACAAGGUCAUUAGCCAAUCAUUUCCUAAUAAGCAGAUACUUAUGAAUAAAAAUGUAAGUGAAUCUGUAGAUGAGCAGAGCAGUACAGAUCCUAUUAAAGACGUUAUUACUGAUAAAUAUUUGGUGCCUUUAAAAUCACUGGGAGGCAAAGCAUCCAAAAGGAAGAAGACUGAGGAAGAGAGUCAACAUGUAGUCAACUGCCCCCAGACCUGUUUUGAUAAGGAAAAUACUCUUCCUUUUCCAAUGGAGAAUCAGUUCUUCAUGAAUGGAGACCAUGUGAUGGAUAAACCCCUGGACCUGUCAGAUCGGUUUGCAGCUACCCAACGUCAAGAGAAGAGCCAUGGAAAUGAGACUUGUAAAAACAAGUUUAACCAAGUGACUAUUUAUGAGGCUUUGAAGCCCAUUCCAAAGGGCUCUUCCUCAGGUCGUAAAGCCUUGAGUGGGACGUGCAUAUUAGCCAAAGAGUCUGCAGAGGCGUCCUGUUUACAGCAGCGGUGUAUCCUCCAGACCUCUAGUAAAGGCUCUCCGGACCAUAAAACACCCCUGCAGAUAAAAGAGGAAAACCCUGUCUUCAAAACCCCUCUGUGUUCACAAGAAAGUUCGGAGACAGAGAAUCUUUUUAGUGAUGUGAAGGGUACUAGUUCUCUUGUGCCAACAAAAGUAAAAAGCAGAUCAGUCCGUGGAGGAUGUGAGCUUGCAUCAGUUCUUCAGUUGAAUCCCUGCAGAAGCGCUAAGACAAAGUCUCUGCCAAACAACCAAGAUGUGUCCUUUGAAAAUAUCCAGUGGAGCGUCGAUCCCGGAGCAGACCUUUCUCAGUAUAAAAUGGAUGUUACUGUAAUAGAUACAAAGGACAGCAGUCAUUCACGAUCAGGAGAAACAGUAGACAUGGACUGUACAUUGGUCAGUGAAACCGUGCUUUUAAAAAUGAAGAAACAAGAGCCAAAAGAAAAAAGUCCAAAUGGAGACCUAAAAAUGAACGAUAGCUUGGAAGAAAUGUUUGAUCAGACAGCACAUGAAGAAUAUGAAUCCUGUUUGACAGAUAACUUUCCCCAGGUACCAGAUGAGGAAGAAUUGUCUGCUGCCACAAAAAAAACAAACAUACAUGGUGACAAACAAGAUGGAGUCAAGCAGAAAGCAUUUGUGGAGCCAUAUUUUAAAGAUAAAGAGAGGUGUGCCGAGAGACUGUCUCCUAAGUGACUCUAGAUUCGGUCAAGUUGGCAGUACUAUAUAUCAGGUCUGGUCAGGGACACAAAGCUUACCAGCUUUUUAAGUGAUGCUUUCCUUGAGUCUGCCUUGGAUGCCAGUCGUCUAGUGAGUACCUGCUACAUGUACUAUGCACAGAGGGCAGGAUAUGGCAAAAAUGGAUUCUACAUAUGCCUAGAUUUUAUAAAUUCUUUGACAAAAAUUUUUGUGUAGCAAAAUUUUAUCCACCCUUUCUUGCUUUCCCUUUUUUAAUUCAUGCAUUACUGUAGAGUUGAGGGUUUUUAAAAGUUAGAAUACAGAAGGGACCUCUUACUCAGUGUAGUUGGAAACAGAAUAGUUAAAAUUUGUUUUGAAGAAAAAUUUGUUCCAGUUAAAGGAACAUGAGAUUCCAAUCAAGAAGAGUAGGUGUGUCUCCAAGAAAAAUCAUUUUUAAAAUCAUCUUUUAUGUUUUAGAGUAUUUCAGUUCACUGAGAGUGUUUCUAUUAGAAACAACAUGUGUGUGUAUGUAUAUAUCUCAAAUUAUACAUGUGUGUGUAAUUUGAUAUUUAUAGUUUUAUAUAUAUAUGUCAUUUGAUAACUCUUCCAGCAGUUGUCUUCAUAAAGAUAUAAAUUUGUAUGUAUUUAUGCAAGUCAUUAAGCUCAGAAGGGAGCCAUUAAGAGGAGAGUCUUAAGGGGUAGGGGAAAGAGAAAGGGUGGACCACCUGUGGCAGGAUAGCGGGGGGGGGGGGGCACUUGGCAGAGAAGGGGCCAGUGAGCAUAGGGAAAAGAUGGCAUGGACGAGAACAGUAGAAGAAGGAGACAAAUAAAAAAUCAUACAUGAAAUGACACAGUGAAACAUAUUUUGUGUGCUGACUUAAGAUUAGUCUAAAAUACUUACCAAUAGUAGGCCUUUAAUAAACACUUGAAAAGAAUCUUUUGUUUUCCCAAUAUACAGAACAUUUCAUAUAGAAUGAGUGUUUGGGGAUUUUUCUCUUCUGAGUUCUUCUAUUUUUUUUAAUUCAGAUUUUAAACCAGAAAUCUUCUAGUAACAAAUAGGUUAAUUUUAAAUUCCUUUUCCCUACAGAGAAAGUAGCAUACAGAAUUUUCCUCAUAUUGAGGUAGUUCG